CUAGUCUCUCUCUCUCUCUCUCUCUCAUAGUUUUAGCAAGCAGGUCGUUUCUAUUCUAAUGGCAGUUGAAGGCUAGCAUUUCACCAUAAUCUGAUUGCAAAACUGGAAUUUUCGGCCUCUGAAUCCCCUGUUUCCACUGUCAUCUCACUCUGAGCGGAGACGCAUUGCAUUUCCUUGCUCUUUAUCAAGGAAUUCAAUUUGAAGAUUGAGCUGUUCUUCGUAAAUGCUGCUUCUGAUUAUAUCCCCAUUUCAGAGCUGAACUCUAUGAAGUUGAAAUAAGUAGGUAGGAAGAUUUGUGGAGGAGUAUUGCUUUCCCAGUUGUACUAAUUGGUAAUUUGUUCCUUCCCAAUUCAUAUUCUUUCUCAAAAUCAAGAAACAGAAGAGAAGGGAUUUUUGAAUUAUGUAGAAUUCCAGCAUUUUCAUGGAGCACUAGUAGCUAAUUUAGUUGAUCCCUGUUGAUAACUUGAGUGGGUCAUUGUGAAAAAUUCCUUGCUCUUUGGAUUAAGAAGACCAAUUCACGCUAACAAAAUGAUGGGGACUGAACUAUGUUCUACUCGGGUCUUAUCUCCUUUUCGUGAGGAGAGUGGUGAUGAAGAAUUGUCUGUUCUUCCGAGGCACACCAAAGUCGUUGUGACGGGAAACAACAGAACAAAGAGUGUUUUGCUUGGCCUGCAGGGUGUUGUCAAGAAGGCUGUUGGGCUUGGUGGUUGGCACUGGCUGGUUCUGAAGAAUGGAGUUGAAGUGAAGCUCCAAAGGAAUGCCUUGAGCGUGUUGGAGGCUCCCACUGGGGAUGAAGAUGAUGAUUAUGACUUUGAUGACUCUAGCAGUGGUUCUGAAGUUGGUGAAAAGGACAAUCAUCAUUUUCCAACUGGCGUUGAGUACAGAAAGGUUAGCAAGCCAAGGGUUCGUUAUACAAGGCCAUGGGCAGCAACAAAAUCAAAUAGUCGGAGUAGUAGCAAAGAUGUUGAAACUAAAUAUUGCCAUCUGUAUCAACAGAGAGUGAACUUUGCAAAACUAGGAACCAGCUCAUUGUGGAGAUAUUGGCGAAGCCACAACCUCGCAAGUAUAAGUACUCCCAACCCCACUAAGGAUCAAUUGGUUAACGCAGUACAACGGCAUUUUGCAGCACAGCGGGUUGACGAGGUGCAAGUGGUGGUGGAAUUCAUCCGUGCUGCCAAGAGACUCAGAUCAGCUGACCCGCAUUGAGAUUGAUCGGUGAAAGACUGUGUGUGUUCGGAUUUGUAAUAUAUAUAUCUCUAUAUAUAUAUAAAUAUAUGCAUGCAUAUAACGUAUAUACAUAUGAACAACCCUAACUUAGUCCGCUAAUUAUAAACUUACAAAUGAAGAGUGGGAGCUUCUUUGUCAGCUCACUCCCACCUCUCUCGGAUCCUAACCUUGUAUUAUCAUCGGCAUUUGACCCAUCUUAUAUAUAUAUAUUUAUAACCCGUAUAUCCAUACCCUUCUAGUCUUCUA